UGAAACCGAUGCCUGAUAAUCAGAAAAUUCAGAGCAACGGUGUCUCGAAUCAAUGCUCUGAUAACAUUGUAGAAGCAAUUUUGCGGUUGAAAAUUAAUGAUAAUAAUCAAGAGGUGGGUGUUUCUAAAUCAGCCUCGUUCCCUGAUCGUCCUGGUGAACCGGAUUGUUCUUAUUAUUUAAGAACUGGAUUAUGUGGUUAUGGAAAUAACUGUCGUUUCAAUAAUCCGACAUUUGAUGUUAAGGCUGGCCAAUAUAGAAAAGAACUCCCUGAAAGAGCUGGACAGCCAGAUUCAGCCAUCAUCUCAUUUCCGAUUAAUGAAUUGCUAUAUAAUUGCCUUCUCUGGAUGAUGAUAUUUACACGAGUUGUAACAAUAUGUGCGAGAAUGUUAACUUGA